AGAUGUGACCAAGAUAAUACCUAAGUAGUACUUAUAUAUUUAGAUGCAGUUAGUUUCUUAGUUAUUAUCUAAUUACUAAAUUUACUAAAAACUUAUAUACCUACUUACCUGAGCAGGUACCUAAUUGUGGUUUAUUUUUUAUUUAAUUUUUCUGAAGAAAAAAAUUUUGACUUCGGAGUUAAAUUGUAAUAGGGAUUUUGGACAAUUCUGUUUUUUGUGGUUGGAUUUUUACUGCGGAUUUUCAGAUAAACUAAAAUGAUGAAGAAUUCAGUCUACAUCUUCGUUCUUAUAUUGCUGAUAGUGAAGACAAAACAACAGGAGAGGCGUCUCGGAAAAUUCCAGGAAGUUUUCGCCUGGCAACAGCUGACUUACAACAUUGAUGGAAUCCAUUUGCUCCAAGAUCGCUUCUCGGAAGAUAUAGAAGAUGCACGCUCGAAGAGACAAGCUGAUCGACUUAUUUUUAUUGACGACGUACCCAGUGACAACCAAACAUGGAACGAAGGAUCAAACAAUAAUCAAUUUUGGCAAACAACCCAAAGUCCUCCUGCAAAUCCAAAUGAAGAAGCUGGUAGAUUCUUCAUCCAAUACAACAAUGUGCCAAUGGGUGUCGAGAGAGUUGGCGACAGACUGUUCAUAACGGUACCACGGAGACGAUACGGUAUCCCUGCAACACUCAACUACCUGUCUCUAUCGCGGGACGGUAAAACACGCUCGCCUGCCCUACGCCCGUACCCUGACAUCGCGCGAGCUAGAUCACUGACCUCCGUGUACCGGACAAGGGCUGACAAGUGCGGGAGACUCUGGAUGGUCGAUACUGGCUUGCUGGAGAUACCAGGUAACCCGCAACAACUACAGGCUCCCGCGAUUGUAAUAUUCGACCUGGCUUCCGACAGGCAGAUCUUGAGAUACCCCUUCAAGAGUUCAGAUUUACCUGCAGCGAAUACCCCGACAGGGCUGGCGUCGAUAACAGUUGAUAUCACGGGCUCUUGUAGCAAUGCCUACGCCUAUGUGCCGGACCUGACGACGUACGGACUGAUCGUGUACUCGCUGGAGGACAAUGACAGCUGGAGACUGACUCACAACUACUUUCAUUUCAACCCACUCGCUGGCAACUUAAGGAUUUCUGGUGAAAGCUUCCAAUGGAGCGAUGGAAUCUUCAGCAUCACGUUGACACAGCCAGGAGACGAUGGCUGCAGAACUGCCUACUUCCACCCCUUGGCUAGUGUCCAGGAGUUCUCCGUGUCCACCUGCGUGCUCAAGAACAACUCUAUAAGCAGCUUGAGUGAUUACUACAGUCUGUAUUCCUAUGUUGGCAACCGUGGUGAGAACAGUCAGUCGACCAUGCAUGGCUAUCACCAGAAGAGCAACGUGGUGUUCUUCGCAGAGAUCGGUCGAGACGCCGUCUCCUGCUGGAACAGUGGCAGCGUUCUCAACCCCUCCAACAUAGCCAUCUUGGCGAGGGACAGACUACGGCUAAGCUAUCCUUCAGAUCUCCAUGUUACCAACAACGAAGUGUGGGUGAUGUCGAACACGCUGCCGAGAUUCGGAUACUCCAGACUCGAUACCAACGAGUUCAACUUUUAUGUUUACAGGGGAAACGUAAACGAACUAAUAGCUGGUACUGUAUGCUCCUGAAACUCUGCUCCUAUUUGACAGUUUAAUCUAGAAAUGAUCUACCAGUUUUUAAGUUUAUUAAUAUUUUAAUGGUUUAUGAGAUCAAAGUUUCAUCAAAAUGGCAUUUCGAGUUGCAUGCGAACAUAAACUGAACAACGCCAACAAAUUGACAUAUUUAAUAAAAGUUUAGCUAAGUUCCUAAAUUAUUCAGACAAGUUAACUAAUAUUCUUUGUAAUUUAAAUCUGUAACUGACUUAGUAUACGUUUUGGCUAGCUGUAAGUAUACUAAGGAUAUUCAUAAAUAAAUAAAUAAAAAUUUAAAAAUCUGAACUAGAACUGGUUUAUGUACCCACAGUUUAACUAUUAAUUUGUUUUAUUUUAUAACCAUAAUAAUAAUCACAAUCAUAAUCAUUUAUUUGUAAAAAAAACGUGAAAUUAUAGAUGUUAAAAAUAUUAUACGGAACAAUGUAGAGGCAUGCAAAUGCCCAUUUAGAGGCAUGCAAAUCUUAACUUAAAAAAAAUUAUUAAAAACAUUCAUAAUUAGAUUACGUCAAUUAUAAUAUAAAUUAAUUAAUUACAAUGUCAAUUCUAUGUCCGAUGCUAUAAAAUGACAAUGAAUUUAAUUUAGGCCUUAUGUACCAGCAAAGUACUCAUCUACGGAAUAAUAACAUUUUUCAGUAAGAUAUUGUUUUAAUUUGCAUUUCAGCUUAUAUGUACUAAGAUUUUUAUCA